CACCAUUCCAUCCAGCCAUCGUAGUAUUCAACUCCCUUCGCCACCCAGCCAGCUCCAAGCCUCCAACACGCCCCCAACGCGCCUGUGCUCCACCGAUCGUCUCCACCGGCAUCGAUCGAACCACCACCUAGCUCGCACCUACCUACUUCCCACUCCCAGAACCCUCUCUGAUGGCGCUGCUUGCGCGGAGGGCGAGAAGAUCGCUGGCGACGACCAAGAAACUGGCCGCACCGGCGGUGGCGGUGGAGCUGGCCAUCCCGGCGCACUUCCGGUGCCCGAUCUCGCUGGACCUCAUGCGCGACCCGGUCACGGCGCCGACCGGCAUCACCUACGACCGCGAGAGCAUCGAGGCGUGGCUGGACACGGGCCGCGCCGCCGUGUGCCCCGUCACCCACGCCCCGCUCCGCCGCGACGACCUCGUCCCCAACCACGCCACCCGCCGCGUCAUCCAGGACUGGUGCGUCGCCAACCGCUCCCGGGGCGUCGAGCGCAUCCCCACGCCCAAGAUCCCCGUCACGCCCGUCCAGGCCUCCGAGCUCCUCUUCGAGGUCGCCGAGUCCGCGCGCGCCGGCGACGCCGCCGCGGCCGCACGGUGCGCCGCCGCGGUCGCCAGGGUCAGGGCCCUCGCCAGGGAAAGCGAGAGGAACCGGCGCUGCUUCGCGUCCAUCGGCACCGGCCGCGUGCUCGCAGCCGCGCUCGAGUCGGUCGCGGCAGCCGGAAGCGCGAUCGUCGAGGACGUUCUCGCGGCAUUGGUCCGCAUGGCGCCGUUGGACGAGGAAGCCGCGCGGAUCCUGUCCUCGCCGAAAUCGCUGGGCUCACUGGUCGCCGUCGCCGAGAACGGGAGCUUGGCGGGGAGGCUCAAUGCCGUGCUGGCGAUCAAGGAGGUCGUGUCCUCGUCCGACUCAGCGUGCGCGGGUUUGAGCGGGAAGGCCGACGAGAUCGUGGACGCGCUGGUCAAGAUCAUCAAGGCACCCAUCUGCCCGCAGGCCACCAAGGCCGCAAUGGUCGCCGCCUACCAUCUCGCGCGCUCCGACGAGCGCGUCGCGGCGCGCGUGGCGACGGCCGGCAUCGUGCCAUUGCUGAUCGAGGCCCUCGUCGACGCCGACAAGAGCGUGGCCGAGAAGGCGCUGGCGCUGCUCGACGCCGUGCUCGCGUCGGAGGAAGGCCGCGCGAGCGCGCGCGGGCACGCGCUCACCGUGCCGCUGCUCGUCAAGAAGAUGUUCCGCGUGUCCGACCUGGCCACCGAGCUCAUCGUCUCGGCGAUGUGGCGGCUCGGCAAGAGCGCCGGCGGCGACGACGGCGCGGUGACGAGGUGCCUGGUCGAGGCGCUGCGUGCCGGCGCGUUCCAGAAGCUGCUGCUGCUCUUGCAGGUUGGCUGCAGGGAUGCCACCAAGGAGAAGACCACCGAGCUGCUCAGGAUGCUCAACAAGCACAAAGGCGCUGGGGAAUGCGUCGACUCUAUGGACUUCAGAGGGCUCAACAGGCUGUCUUGAAUCAGAACCACUGUAAAGAUGGAUAUGUGUAAGCAGAUUGGUAGGAUAGUUAGAUGUAAAAUCCCUUCCCCUAACUAGAUGUUAGAUACAGACACUUUUUUGUACGCACUUAGAAACAAGCUUUUAGGUUCAAAGCAACUGUAAUCAAAUGGAAAACCUAAGGGAGCACAAUUGUUGUUUUUUCUA